UACGUGCCCCGGGUGCGUGAAGUAUCAUACCCCUACCUAAAAAAAGGUGGGGAUUACCAUGGUGCUUGUGAACAUAACUUAGCACCCGGCAUUCGAACCCGGAGCAUAGAACUUUUAUAGCCUCCGUUCUCCUUUCAGUUGUGCCUUUAUACCGAGAACUUCAAGUAAAACCCCAUCUCUGAUUCAUAGAAUCACAGGUGACACCAAUGAAAAUAGUCAACUGCAACAAUUUUUUCCAUCUCUACUUUCUCUCUCUACUAUUCAUCACUUGCGAAACAACCCCAAAUGGCCCAAACCCAUCAUCUUCAAUUAUCUCCAGAUUCCAAGAAUAUCUGCAGAUUAACACUGCUCAUCCAAACCCCAAAUACUUUGAAGCUGCUGAUUUCAUCCUAUCUCAAGCAGAAUCAUUGUCUCUUGAAUCUCAGACUAUUGAAUUUGUCAAAAACAAACCCUUAAUCUUGCUCAAAUGGCCUGGCAAAAACCCCAAUUUGCCCUCAGUUCUCCUCAACUCUCACACCGACGUCGUUCCGGUGGAAUCCCAGAAGUGGACUUAUCACCCUUUUGGAGCUCACAUUGAUUCUGUUGGUAAUAUUUAUGCCAGAGGUUCUCAGGACAUGAAAUGUGUAGGUAUGCAGUACUUAGAAGCUAUUCGGAAGCUAAAGGAUUCUGGUUUUGAGCCCAUUCGUACCAUUUAUUUGUCUUACGUCCCUGAUGAGGAGAUUGGGGGACGUGAUGGGGCUGAGAAGUUGGCGGAGUCUGAUGUGUUUGAAAAGAUGAAUGUCGCUUUUGUACUAGAUGAAGGAGGACCUUCAGCAGAUGAGAAGUAUCGGGCAUAUUAUGCAGACAGGUCACCGAUGUGGCUGGUGAUUAAGGCUGCAGGAGCACCUGGGCAUGGGGCAAAGUUGUAUGAUAAUACUGCAAUGGAGAACUUGUUGAAGAGUAUUGAAAGUAUAAGGAGAUUUCGAGCAUCAGAAUUUGACAUGCUAAAGGCUGGUUUGAAAACAGCAGGAGAGUUGAUUUCAGUAAAUUUGGUGUUUCUGAAAGCUGGCACUCGAUCUCAUACUGGUUUUGUCAUGAAUAUGCAACCUUCUGAAGCUGAAGCAGGUAUUGAUAUUCGGGUUCCACCAACAGCUGAUCAAGCAGCACUGGAAAGACGAAUUGCUGAGGAAUGGGCCCCUGCUUCCCGUAACAUGACAUUUGAGUUUACAGAGAAGUUUUCUACACUUGACAUAUUUGGUAAGCCAGCUGUCACGAUUGCUGAUAGUUCAAAUCCAUGGUGGGCUCUCUUAGAAGAAUCUGUUCAGAAUGCUGGAGGGAAACUGGAAAAGCCGGAUAUAUUCCGUGGUGCAACAGAUGCUAGUUUCUUUAGACAACGAGGAUUGCCAGCAAUAGGCUUCUCUCCCAUUGCAAAUACUCCAAGCCUUGCACAUGACCAUAAUGAGUUCCUAAAUCAGCAGGAAUAUAUCAAAGGUAUAGACAUAUAUGCUGCUAUUAUCAACGCUUUUGCGUCUUAUGAUGAACAGACAGAAGCAAAAGCUUCUAAAUACGAGUAGUAAGAAAAUUAUCAGCACUUCCAGAAAGGUGGAUUUGGGAUACUGCUCUCACAGGUUGUAAUGUAAUCAUCCUGCAGCAACUCGAAUCCUUCAAGAAUGUCAAUUAAGCAAAAGUUAUAGGGGUCUGUAAAUGCAUCAGUUUUUAGUUGGUUAACUUUAGUUUCUAUUUAUAGAGAAAGCUUCUGAAUUCAUCUUUGUACUUCGUCUUUCAACAGUGCUUUGUUAUAUACAAUCAAACAUAUAAAUAAAUAAACAAAUUUUUCGUGACUUAUUAUUUCAGAUACAAAUAUCAUUAUAAUUUGGCUGCUCAUCCCCGCCUCUCGCACACGCAUACAGGAAAAAAAAAUGAGGGAGGGAAGAAAUGGCGAUCAAUGAAGCUUUCCAUUCCUCAAAUUAUUCCGAUUGGUCUGUUCAUAGAUUUUCAGCCGAAGUUAUUACACAUAGUAUCACAACAAAUAAUUCACAACCACGGUGAAUCUGUCCUGCUCAAGGAGACAGUUAAAGUACAGAAUUUUUCUUCUUGCUGUAUUUUUGAACAGUUCUUCACAUUCUUUCCCAAAACUGAGAGACAGAGAGAAAUGUUAGAAUAACUGAUGAUGAUGAGGAAUUGAAGGAGCAUGUGUAAAGCUGAGUUGGACUACACACGCAAGAAGCAUGAGUAUUGGAUUGCUGACAUCAGCUAAGGAAAAGUUUGUUACAAGUUAGUUACAAAAUUCUGUUAUAUAUAUUUUAGCUGAUAAGAAAGCUAAUUCAUUCAUUCACACU